AUGACUCCUUUAUGGUGGGCCGCCUACAAAGGUUACCCGGAGGUAGACAAGGUGCUCGUCGAUACGGGCAAGGUCAAACUCGACGAGAAGGACGGAUAUCUUGUGACUCCAUUUUACUGGGCUGCCCAAAAUGGCCACGACGCUGUCGUUGAUUUACUGCUACAGAAUGGCAAGGUCGAUGUCAACGUGAAGGAUAAGAUGCGUCGCACAUCGCUAUCCUUGGCCGCCAGGAAUGGGGAAGAAGCUUUGGUUCAGUGUCGGCUGCUGGAGACGGGCAAAGCCGACUUAACCGGGAAGGAUAGGUUAAGCCGAACACCACUAGCGUGGGCCAUCGCGAAAAAGCACGAGGGAGUGGUGAAGCUACUACAGUCCUAUAAUUCUUCAUAG